CUUUUGAGGGAGCUUGAUAUUUCUCCAAACGUUUUAAGGCAUCAGUGUGUACGGGACCUGACGUGACGCGGCAGUAGGGCUGGCUUUCUUUCACUCUGCCUGCAUUCAUAAACGGAUAUGAUAAACCAGCGCUGAAUGCACCGGAGCAGCGACAACAGUCAGCUCUGACCAUGGCGGAAGAGGACGACGCGAGGGUUCGGAUUUUACAGAGCCUGCGGGGUAAAAUAUGUGAAGCUAAGAACCUAGGUCCAGUCUCAGGUCCAAAUCGACAAAGGGAUCUCUGCACCUUUUGCACCAUAAGUCUGGAUCAGGAGGAAGUUUUCCGCACUAAGGUGUUUGACAAAAGCGUCAGCCCCUUCUAUGGAGAGGACUUCUACUUUGAGAUCCCACGUCCGUUUCAGUGUUUAUCCUUCUAUGUUUAUGCCAAGAGCGUUUUCCAAAGGGAACUACCUGUUGGCAAGGUGUCAAUCCGGAAGGAUGACUUGUGUAAAUACAGUGGGAAGGAGCACUGGUUUAGCCUUCACCCAGUGGAUCCCAACUCAGAAGUCCAGGGUAAGGUUCACUUGGAGAUGCGAUUGAAUGAGGUGAUCACAGAGAACGGCUCAGUCGGUCAACACUUACUAGUUCGAAUAAUAGAGUGCCAGGGACUGCCUUUGAUCAGCGGGCAGAACUGUGACCCCUAUGCCACUGUGUCACUUGUUGGACCUGCCAGGUCUGACCAAAAGAAAACAAAGGUAAAGAAGAAAACCAGCAACCCUCAUUUCGAAGAGACUUUCUUCUUUGAGGUCACACGGUCCAGCAGCUACUCCAAAAAGUCUCAUUUCCAAGUUGAGGAGGAGGACAUUGAAAAACUUGAGAUCAAAAUUGAUUUGUGGAACAGUGAGAAUCUAGCUCAGGAUGUGUUUCUUGGGGAGACGAGGGUCCCAGUCAAGAUCCUGCGAAAUGACCACAUCCACAAAGCCUGGUAUCUCCUCCAGCCUAAAGGGAAUGGCAGCAAGUCCAGGUCUGAUGAUUUGGGAUCCUUGCGUUUGAAGCUGACCUACAUAGAAGACACGGUGCUGCCAUCUGCCUGCUACACACCACUCUGCAACCUGCUGCUCAAAUCCCCAGAUGUGAAGCCCAUCUCGGCAUCAGCAGCACACAUCUUGGGCGACAUCUACAGAGAGCGAUAUGAGGCUGUGCUGCCCAUGGUUCGACUGCUGCUCCACCACAAUCGCUUUGUGCCUUUCGUCUCUGCUGUGGCGGCGCUAGAGCUGGACAACACUCAGGAGGCUAACACUAUAUUCCGUGGCAACUCACUGGCAACACGCUGCAUUGAUGACAUGAUGAAGAUUGUGGGAAAGAAUUACCUGGCGGUUACCCUGAAGCCUGUAAUAGAUGAGAUCUGUGAUUCCAACAAAACAUGUGAGAUAGACCCAGUUAAACUUAAGGAAGGUGACAAUGUGGAGGUCAACAAGGAGAACCUGCAGGGUUAUGUCCAGAAAGUCUUUUCCUCCAUUACCCAGUCCAGUUCCAGUUGUCCUCCACUUAUGUGUGAUGUCUUUAGGUCACUGAGACACUUGGCCUGCAAACGCUUCCCAGCUGACCCACAUGUUCAGUACUCAGCCGUUAGCAGCUUCGUGUUCCUGCGGUUCUUCGCUGUUGCUGUUCUUUCUCCACACUCCUUCCAACUCCGUUCCCACCAUCCUGAUCCCGAGAUUUCCCGCACACUCACACUUAUCUCAAAAACAAUCCAGACUCUGGGCAGCUGGGGUAGUUUGUCAAAAAAACUGUCUAGUUUCAAAGAAACCUACAUGUAUGACUUCUUCAAAUCAUUCCAAGAAGACAAAUGUAUCGAAAAAGUUAAAAAGUUUCUUGAUGAGAUCUCCUCUAAUGUAAGCAAGGAGUCCAGUGGGCUGGAGGAUGCAGUGGUUCUCAAGGAAGGGGAGGUACAGAAACGUGCCCAGGGGAGGAAACGCCUUGGCAAGAAAAACUUUAAAAAGAGAUGGCUCAGAGUGACGAACAGGGAGCUCUCCUACCACAAACAUAAAGGGAAAGAAGCCCUCUGCAUCAUCAAUGUCAAAAAUAUCCAGGCGGUGGAGAAACUGGAUGAAAGUGCCUUUAACCGCAAAAAUAUGUUUCAGGUGGUCCACUCUGAGAAGCCUCUGUAUGUGCAAGCAGGAAACUGUGUGGAAGCCAGUGAGUGGAUGGAGGUCUUGGGCCAGGUCAGUCGCUGCAACGAGGCACGCCUGACCACCUACCAUCCAUCAAAUUACACCAGUGGAGCCUGGCAGUGCUGCAAAAGCCAGAGUAACAGCGCACCAGGCUGUAAGCCCUGCACAACCAGCGUGCUGGCCAACCUGCAGCUGGACAUAGACUGUGACCGGGAAACGGAGAGGAUUUUCUCUCUCCUUUCGUCAAACGAUACCAAGCUCCAGAACAUGGAGGAUGCAUGUGCCAGUAUGGCGGUGUACCAGGGCCCUCAGCGGGAGCAGGAGGAGUACUCCAAGUUCACCAUUCAGGAACCCAAAGAGACCUUUCAGACACUCAAACAGCUCCGAAACAUUAUGGAGGAACUUCAGAGGCAGCACAUCAGGAGUGACACCACGGCACAGUACGGGAGCCUGGACAACCCCAUAGUAGGGAAAACCUCUUAACCAGGGCGGGGUGGUGUGGCCUGAAACUGCCACUCCAGCAGAUAUCUGUACACCACAGAGAACUGGAAGGAGCCCUGAGAGUGGUCCCACAAGAGCGCCCAUUAUGUGUGCAAGAGAAGAAUCAACAACACAACCUGACCUUCAGACGUCAUGAAUCCACUACAGCAGUGACGGCCUGAGAGCAAAGCCAGAACGAGCUCGUGAGCUUUCCCAGGACCUCUCCUUGGUCCUGGAAAUGAACGAACCCUUAGGUGUCAUUUUCCUGGCAGUACGUUGCCUCAUCUCCUCCCCUCCUCUGCAUUGCAGGUCCCUUACAAAGAGACUCUUUUCCUUGUCUUAAUUUAUGUCCACUUUUACAUCUUACAGCUGUGUGGAAAAGGCAUCAUGAGAUGGUGUGUGAAUAGGCUGCUAAUUUUUUUUAUUCACCCGGUUUUAUAUCAACAGCUGUGAUGAUGCUCUCCCCAUGUUUUAAGGUUCUGCUCUGACAUCUGUCUUUAGAGUUGAUUGAUAAUCAUCAUCGUUCCGGAGGGUCGACCUCUGUUUGUGCCCCUUUUCUCUUUCUCUACUCUUCGAGUGUCCUUCCUCUUCUGAACAAAUGUGUGUAUAUUUUCAGAGGACAGUUAAGUAGAUGAAACCAAUCUGCCUUACUUUGAUGGAUGUUUCUUUCACAUUAAAUGCUGAGGGAAUAAUGCAGAAGCACUUUAAAUAUUUGGAACACUCCAAAUGUAAAUGACUGGAUACUUGGUAUCAGCUUUCCCCAUUUUGAUCAGUUACAUGAUCUUGAGUACAUUUAUGUUUCAUUCCUGUACAAUAACAUUUAUAGCCUGUAGUAGAUUCUAAGAUAUUUUUCUCGACCAAAGACAAUUUCAUAGGUUUGACUUGAAAAAAAAAAAAGAAUUAAUGUAUUUUGAAUACAAAUGUUUUAAAAAUGGAGACAAAUUCUAUAUAUAUAUAUUUGGUUUCUGUUCAUGUUUUUGCUAACAUAUCCUUUACUUCUUAGCAACUUAAGACAAGCAGACUGCAUGCAUUCAAUUUUGAAUCCUGAUAGCACAUGAUUGUGGUGUAGAGUUGUAUUUCCCUGUGAUUGUGAAUCGUAUUGGUACGGUGUACAUCAGAUCUGUGCUGUCAUGUUGAGAGCAUCGCAACUUAUCUGUAGUGGCUAAUGUAAGAAACGAUGGAGAGGAAUCGGAAAAACAAAUGACCCCCGUCAUCCAUAAGUUAGUCCAGACAAUCAACCCACAAACACUUUAUGUCUUCAUUUUUUCUUUUACUUUUCAAACCAUCAGCACUCCACAGCUCCAGCUCUUGUACUUUAGAGGUUUUAGUGAACUUGUUUGAAAUGUGGCACUCUGUGGCUACAAGUUUAAAAGUUAUAUUUGUAACUUUUCUCCAGCAGCUGUUAGUCACAGCACUCCACUGCCAGAACAGUCAGGAAAAGUCUGUGUAGUAAGCGAGUUAAAAAUAAGAUAAAGGAUAAUACAUAUUAUUACUCUUAAUGUGACUCAUAUCCUAACAGUCAUAUCCUGCAGAAGUAGGUCUGCAUCUGAUCAAUACAGUCAUAAAAAACAGUCUUUAAGCUGUCAAACUUGUUUAGAAAUGCUUAUCACAGGCGGUCAGAGCUCAACAUGAUGUCUUGAAAUUGCUGAAGAUUUUUCCCAUUUAAGUGUUCAGUUUAUCAUACGAAACUGAUACAAGCAACCAAAUCCUCAAAACGUUCAUCUCUAACCAGCAACUUUUUAAACAUUUUUACAGAUUAUUUGUAUUGAUUAAUCAACAAAUCAUUUUGCGCUGGAGAAGACAGACUUUGAUUCAGUCCUGGUUUUGUCUUCUUUCUUUUUUUUUUUAUGUUUUCCAUCAUUUGCCCAUUUGAACAAUGAAGUGUUGAACAGAUACAAAAGAAACUUGAAUUUAAUUUUAACAACAAAAGUUGAACAUUUAAUGCUGAAGAUACAGGGUUUACUGUAUAUUUUUCUUUGCUUGUGGUUGUUUUCAGAAGUUUUGUCUUUGGUCCGUCAUAUAUUUCUAACAUGCAUGUCUUGUGUAUUUAACGAUAUAUUUUUCUAGGAAAAUGAUUUUUUAUCUUUUUUUUUUUUUAACACUGAUUAAAUGUGUUGCUAUACUGGUACCAUACCUUGCUCUUCAUCUGCAGAGCUUCCUUGAGGCUGUCCACCUUUGUUUUGUCCCAGAGUGUUCCCUUUACUGACUGUGUGUAGUUGUAGCUGCUGCCAAACGUUAACCUGUGGAUAGCUUAACACAGUGUUACUGAAGUGAAUAACGUGUGUGAUGUCCCACAACUGUGUUCACGUGCAGGCUGUAAGUGAAUGAACUGCCUAAUCGGAGCCAAAACACAACAGUGAAACGGUUGAUUUUAAGAAACUGCUCAUUGGAUGAACUUUGCCUGUGCUUGUGAAAGGUUUUCGGUUGGACUAGGUUGAGAAAAAUUACUCCGGACCAAAUUUCAACAAUAAUAUGUGAAUCUGAAUCUUAACUAAUCACAGCAUAAAGUUAUUGUUUUAUAUAUUGUACAAGCUUGCAUGUCAGCUCCAUUGCUGUGGUUUUAAUAAGAGCCAGUAAACGUGCAGUUGAUGUCCUCUGGUAGUGCAUUUUCAUAUGAAGGGGAACAUGUUUUGGGUUUUUUUUAUUUCCACUCCAUUGGUCACUGAGUUAUGCUUUGUAUCUGCUUUUAAUAAGGGAAUUUUUCUCCAUUUGUUUUUCCAUGUCGGCACUAAAAUAAAAACAGUCCUCGGGA